CACACUUCUGCGGUUUCACCGCUGUGUGCUAAUCAACUCACGCUCGCAGGACCCCUCCGCGUCGACUUCACCUUCUUCGCCAAGCCACGCACUUGCCCUUGCAGCCGUCGACCCCUCCCCCACGGUUCUUCGCCGGCGACCACAAACUACGAGCUCGGCCGGUGAGUCUUCUCAGAGGACGAAACCUACCUGCUUCUUGGUGCCGACGACCUCAGAUCCCUUGAGCGCCCUUGUCUUGACGCCAAUACCCACGAAACCACGUCGACGACCGCUUCCUCCAGCGAUUAACGCGAGCAGAAACCCACGCGAACGCACCAGCUCUGUUGACUGAAGCUUACGUUCUCCCGCGAAUCUGACUUGCGACGGGAGCACCACUUCGAACGGCUUCGCCUAGGCCUUCGCAGCAGCGUGUCUCUGCGUUUCGACGAGUUUGGGCGUUUAUCCACACUCGGAUUGGCAUCGAAUUAGUUUACACAUAUACGUUUACUGUUUAGAUCUGCAAGUUCGAACGUUUUCGAAUGCUUGGGGCCUUUGCGGAAGUCGACAGUUGAACAAGGGAGUGAAUGGUGGAUUGAGAACUUUAGGAUUGUUGAUCGAUUAUGCAGGUUCUGGGGAUUGAAUGAUGUCUGCAAAAUCAAAGUCCCUUAAGGAAUAUCUUAAGCGCUAUGAAAGUAACACUGAGGAGGAUAAGAAAAAGAAGAAGAAAAAGAAGAGGACAACAGCAGCAACCAAACCAAAUGCUCUAGGUGUUCUAGUCGUUGAUGAAGAUCCUAUCUGGCAAAAGCCAAUAAUUAUAGAAGAGGAUAAUGCUGAUAAUUCAACGGAUGAGGAGCCCCAAGUUGAUGAAGAUAUUGAGGUUAAGAGAAUGAGGAGGCUUGAAGAACUAAAAGCCAAGCGACCGUAUAAUUCCAUAAGUGAAGAUGGAAGUGGUUGGGUUUCACUCUCUCCAAACCAUGCAAAUUCUAGCAUGGUGAACUCUGAUAUGUCUCCACCUCGUAGAACAAGAGUGCGGAAUGAUACACCUUCUCCAUCGAAUGAGUUGAAGCCUCCAGUGUCUGGUGAAGAAGGUGAAGAUUUUUCAUCUCCACGAAGAAGGCAGAGGCAACAUCCUAGCUCACUUGAACAUGAUGAAAAUCCUACAAAUUCUAUUUAUCCUCCAAGUUCUUCACCACCACAAAAGCAGAAUGUUUAUAGAGACACACAUUUACAAGGAGCUAUCCCAGAGCAUAUGGAUUGUGCACAAGAAGAUAUAGAUUUAUCACCUCCACGACAGCGAAGGAAACGCUACCAUACUCCCUCACCAGAACCUGAUGUAACUCAUACACACUCUGUUUCUCCACAAUCUGACAUGUCACCCCCUCGUAGAUCUGAUAGGCAGGCAUCUAAAGCAAGUUUAGGGGGAAACCACAAGGCUGCAGGGUUAUCUGACCUUUCUCUUCCUCGACGCAGAACCUCAGAUUAUGCAGAUGAUGCAUAUAUAUCGCGUGGGCCUGAUCUUUCACCUCCAAGGAAACAAAGGAAGGAUGUGAGGGGGGAUCGAUCACUUUCAGAUAAGCCUUCACGGAACCAUGUUACUGAUGCUUCACCAGAACUGCUGGCAGAUCUUUCUCCACGUAGGAAACAGCAAAAAGCACUACCAGUCUCAGUCUCUUUCAAACAGGCACGCAAGACUGGUUUGCUUACUCAGCAAGAGUUUGGGGAAGAAAUGUCUAAAACUAACAAAGAGGACUGGACGAGGUUUAAAGAGAUGAAUCCUUCGGCAAGUGGUAAUGCGGAACCUGUGUACCGUGACAAGAUUAAAGGAGAUCGCAUUUCAAAAGAGGAAUUCUUAAAAGCACGAGGGAAAAAAGAAGAAAAGCCCAAGGAGAUAAAGUUGGAAUGGGGCAAGGGUUUAGCUCAAAAACGAGAAGCAGAAGCUGAACUUAUGGAAUUAGAACUUGAGAAGGAUAGACCAUUUGCACGGUCAAGGAAUGAUGCAGAACUUGACUCAAUGUUGAGGGAUAGACUGAGAUGGGGUGAUCCUAUGGCACAUUUGGUGAAGAAAAGACAAUCUGAGAUGGCUCUUCCUGAUCUAGGAGACAGCGAGAAGAUGAAGGAAUCAGGGUUCAUCAUUCCUCAGGAAAUUCCACCUCACAGCUGGCUAAAAAGAGGAUUGGAUGCUGCACCUAAUCGAUAUGGUAUAAGACCAGGAAGACACUGGGAUGGGGUCGAUCGUAGUAACGGAUUUGAGAAACAAAUGUUCAAGAGGAUGAACGAGAAACGAGCUACAGAAAGGGAAGCAUAUCUUUGGUCUGUGUCUGAUAUGUAACAUGAAAGGAAAAGGUGCUUAAUUGGAAGAUAUUUCCUGCUGUUAUCUAUGGCUUCUUUUCAAUGUCAUGUUUUCUUGUAAUUUUGUAUGUUAAUCCUUUAUAGCUAUCGAGGAAUUCGUUUUUUCUAUUUUACAUUUGAUAUGGUAUGAUGUAAGAUGUAACUUGUAAGUGGAAAUUCCAAUUGUGUAAAAAGUCAUGCGCAAGCGGCGUAAUAGGUCCUCUUAAGUUUAGUUCAAAUACUCAAUUUGACCAUUGGUCUGCAUAUGAAAGGUUGUACUAAACUCUAAAUGAAUCUCUAAUUGCCAAAAAAAAAAAGAAAAAAAAAA